AUGCCUCCAGCUAUUUCUCAAAAUUCAAAGUUGAGGGCAUGGGAUGCUCUCACUCCUCCUUUAUCGGGAUGGAUUCUUGAUGCCAUCUCGUCCAUGGGCUUCUCCCGCAUGACGCCAGUGCAGGCUUCAACUAUUCCUCUUUUUAUAGCGCAUAAGGAUGUAGUUGUCGAGGCUGUUACCGGUAGCGGGAAAACAUUGGCUUUUUUGAUCCCCAUGGUUGAAAGGCUCUUGCGACUUGAUUCUCCUAUUAAAAAGCACCAUAUCGGAGCAAUAAUCAUUUCCCCCACUAGAGAACUGGCUACUCAAAUAUACAAUGUUUUGCAGUCCCUCUUAGCAUUUCACGGUCCUUCCGCGACCCGUUUACAAUCUGCGGAGAUCGGCAUUUGCGAACAGAAUGAAUCCAAUCCACCGCUGCCAUACCCUUCUUCCGUGUUAAAAAUAGUUCCCCAGCUACUUUUAGGUGGCACUACAACUCCCGCACAAGAUCUAAGUACAUUUUUAAAACAGUCGCCCAACGUUCUCAUUUCGACACCUGGCCGCCUUCUCGAGCUGCUAGCUUCCCCCCAUGUGCAUUGCCCACAGUCUUCGUUUGAGGUUCUUGUCCUUGAUGAAGCAGAUAGACUCCUAGAUUUAGGCUUCCAAGAAGAUCUACAAAAGAUUCUUCAACGGUUACCAAAACAACGACGGACCGGGUUAUUCAGUGCCAGCGUCAGCGAAGCUGUUGAUCAGAUAGUCCGCGUUGGCCUGCGGAACCCUGUCAAAAUUUCGGUCAAGGUGAAAGGUGCAGGAUCUGAAGACAAACGAACUCCAGCGAGUUUACAAAUGACCUACCUCCUCACCCCGCCCCCCCAUAAACUCCCAGCCGUUAAAAACAUCCUCUCAUCCAUCCACCCUUCCCCCCAGAAAUCCAUUAUCUACUUUUCCACCUGCGCCGCAGUAGACUAUUUUCAAGACAUCCUCUCUUCCAUCCUUCCUGAACAAUUCGAGACAAUUCCCCUUCACGGCAAGCACCCACCCCAAGUCCGCCAAAAAAACUUUGCUCGCUUUGUCAACUCUGUAGCCUCCUCCAUCCUUUUAACAACAGACGUCGCAGCCCGCGGGCUUGACAUUCCAUCUGUAGAUUUAGUAAUUCAAAUAGACCCCCCCACGGACCCAAAGGCUUUCCUCCAUCGCUGUGGACGCGCAGGUCGCGCAGGACGCCGGGGCCUCAGCAUCAUCUUACUCCACCCAGGCCGGGAAGAAGAUUACAUCUCGUUCCUCAACGUGCGCAAAACACCAGUGACGGCAUACCAAUGCCAAUCUUCACCGAUCUGCAUAUCUGACGAAGACGCGACGAACGCUACGGAGACAAUCCGAAAGCUUGUCCGACAGGACCGCGCGAUCCAUGACAAGGCACAGAAGGCCUUUGUCAGCUGGGUGAGGAGCUACAGCAAGCACCAAGCUAGCAGCAUUUUCCGUGUUACGGACCUGAAUUGGGAAGAUCUGGGACGGGCAUGGGGUCUAUUGCGUUUACCCAAGAUGCCUGAGUUGAAGAAUUUUACUGGUGAUCGAUAUUUAGGGGUGGAAGGAAUGGACUGGGAUAAUUAUGCGUAUAAGGAUAAGCAAAGGGAGAUGCGUCGAAGAGAGGAGCUAAAUGAACGGGCUAAUAAUGCUGAUGGUAUUGCUUCUAAUGCUAAGAGGCCCUUUAAAAGACCAGCUACACGCAGUGAAUCUAUUCCAUGGAGCCAGAACCUGAAGAAGAGAAGUGAGAAGGAGAGCAGACGAGAACGGAAGAAAGCUAGGAGAGAUCGUGAACUAUGGAGCAAAAUGACGGUGGACGAGAGAAACAAAGUACGAGAGACAGAACGUAUGGUUGAUGCCGUUCGAAAGGCUGUAAGGAAACAAUCUGGACUUCAGACGGGUGAUGCUUUGGAAGAGGAAUUUUGA